UUGGUGGUGGAUCCUCUCAUGGCCCGUCCCAGGAUGUUUCGUUUAGGGAGAACCCUACUUUCUCGUAAGGAUUGGGGGGUAUGGAAGCCCUGCUCAACGCUGUAAGGAGGAAUCAACGCGAGGACCCAGAGGCGGUCCGAAGGUGUAAGGAGAGGGGAAAAGCAUCCUCCUCUUCGCAAGUGGAAGAUUUGGAUAUGGCUCAGGGUUCAAAACAUGAGGCUGCGGAUUCAAGGUUGACGCCUACGAAGCUGCGUCGCAGGCUCAGUGAGAAUAUGGGGGAACUGCGUAUUCAAGAACUGGAGGAGCACUCACUACGGAGGGAUGGAAGCACUCAACAGGGACAGGAAGCUACCGCAAUCGGGAAGAGAAGUAGGCAGCCGGUGGAGGGGAAGGCCACGGAACGUGAAUGGGCGAAGUAUCUUAUCCCGCUCCUUUUUGUGGCAACGCAGGAGGGCGUAUAUACCCUCGCGUGGACGAAAACUUUAACGGACUCAUCAGCGGCAACGAGGCUUCCCUCUCAGCCGAUAGUGAAUCCGCCCCUACCGCUGGAGAUCGUCAACACUGGCAGCGACAUUGCGGUAAGAAAUGUCCCGGACAUCCCUACUCUGAGAAUCUUCGUCGAAAGGCCUGGAGUUAGACUGAAGUUUUUUACUCCACUAAUUGAUGCUAGAAUAUCACAGGAAUCUCUGGUUCGUUUGGUCGGAAGUGGUCUGUCGCUCUUUCCUUUGGAUCGGCUGCCAAAAGAGGACCAUCCGGAGUUGUCCAGGAUCAAAAUCAUGGGGGACAUCGAUGCUUCGGUCUUGGGAAAUAUUAGCACGAAGCUUCCGAAAUUGCGUUCUCUCUCCUCUCCAGCGUUUUACAAUCGCCUCACGCAAAGUCAUGUUGCCUUAGGUUCUCAGUUCCGAAGAUUGCACUCCCUCAUUGUGAUGUUCGUCUGCUAUCUACUGGUUGUGCUUAAUCUUCUGCUGACCUCGCUAAUACUCGCUAUGCUCCUGAGGGAUAAGAGGGCGAGGGAAAAGUCGUCGCGGCCAAGAACAGCAUGCCAGUAUCCCGUGCAUAACACAAUUGACACCGAGUAGUCUUAGGCCAAAACCCAAAGAGGGCAAUACCAAUAAGAUAGAAAAAAUUAAGCCCAAACAUUCGUCACCAGCAUCCCUUCCCUCACCAUAACCCUCAGCUCCGCCGCAUCCUCAAUGCUGCCGACGUUCUGGCAGUUCCCCUACGUGUUUCCGCCGGCGCCAGAACCGGCUUCAUCAGGGGGUAGCACCUCCUUGGUUUGAAUGGCGACGGUCAAUCGUUUAAAACGAUUGCCAUCGCAGUUAGUCCUAGUACAAUCUUUGGUACCUUCCCUAACCACCAUGUCCCUCAUAGGUUCCGGUACCUUUCCCACUCAGGAGCCCUUCUUUCAACAAACUUCCCCAACACGU